CAUUUAGCUGGCACACUCCUGUCGAUCUGAGCCUGAGCACACAUCUGUCAGUUGGUUGUCAAAAUUGAAUACGAGGAGGAGUGUGUGAAAAACGAAAAAAGUCUAUACUUCGUAUUGUGUGUCCACUGUAGCAGGCCUUCGACGGGAAAAGGCAAAAAAAGUUUCCAAAUACUGGCCUACGGAUGGCCAAUUUCUAAACGCCGAAGUGCAGUGCUAUCUUUCGCCGUGGAAUUGAGACACUGUGUACCGAUUUGGCGAUGAAUUUUUUUGCGAGUCUCAAUUUGAUUGGUCAGGAUUCGUCUCGUGAAGAUUUUUCUGCUCACCAUCACACAUAGUGCCACCAGAAGACAUAGGGUGGAACAUCAACAGUAGACUUUAAUGGUGUAGAAUAGGUCUGUUGUUUACGAGUUAAAUUUUCAAUUGCUAAUGCAUACAUAGGCAGUGCAAAAGUUCAGAAUAAAAUUGCACUUGCUGUGCUCAAGAAAAGUGGACAUGCAUUGAGAAUUAGAAAUAUGCAAAGGUUUAAUUGUUGACUUUUCACCCUAAGCAGCGAAAGAUGUGAAUUGCAUUGACGGCCAGCAGCAUUUAAAAGCAGCCAGAAGGAAGAGGCUCAGAGAGCUUUGCUUGUGUGCAAAAGAGGACGUCUCUCGCCAGUUCAGUUCUGUCGUGUGGUCGUAAAAUCUACAUUGCUAGGAAGGUUUUUUUUUUCACUUUUUCUUUUCCGAAAAACAAGAAACGUGAACUGCUUCUAAUACAUCGAGACGGACAGUGAAAAUUUAGUGACCUCCGUCAGAUCGGAGAUUGAACUUUUCUAUCUUUUUUUUUAAUUGCAUUGAAAAAGUGUCGCUUUGUGUCGUCGUUCAAUAGCAGAAGCAUUCGGAGAGCACAACUCGCCUUUCAUUGUUUAUCAAAAGUUACAGACGCUGAAUCGACGGAUGCCGUUUCAUUGUACAGUUAUUUGACUCCUAUAGAACAGUUCUCAAGGCUGUACAUUGUAUUGUGAAUGUAUAAAUCAAUAGAAUACCUGUAUAAACCACAAUGCAAAGUUUGGAACCUGCAUCAUGUCAAGAAGCUGAUUACAUGUUGAACGAUGCUUACUGUAAGCUAAGAAAAUCUCCCUCACGACAGCAGACGUUGCUAAUCGAUCCACCGCCGCAGUAUCCAAGUCUACCUAGUCCUAUUCUGAAUGACAGCACGCCGCUGUUCAAUACCAGCAGCAGCAGUAGCGCCACCAGCCCGCUGCCGUCAUCAUCCUCGUAUGCCACGCUGAGCGGCAUACAGUCUACUUCCCCGCCGGCAACGCUUCUAGCGACCUCUUCUUCGUCGUUAUCGUCCUCAUGCCACGGUCCCGGCAGCAGCGGGUCGGUUUCGCAUCUGUCGUAUAAGUCCGUUGGAGGUUCGGUUAACAAUUUGUCACUCAGCAAUCACCAUCAUCAUCACAUCGAUAAGAGGGGAGCGACUGAUUCCGGCUACAUCAGUAGCUCCCCGUCGAAAAAGUCGAAACUAUCUUCCUUAGCCGGAUCUCUAUCGUCAUCGGUAUCUGCAGGGUCUUCGUCAAUCAACAGUUCUUCCACGGGCGCUAGUAAUUAUGCCGGUCAUUAUCAUGGAGCAGGCAGCAGCAACAGCAGUGGUGGCAGCAGCCAUCCUUACGGCUCGGCUGCUUCUCCUUCGUCUGCUAGUCUUGGAAUUGUCGCCGGAUCAUCGUCGUCGAUUGGUGGAAGCUCCAACGCUUCCGGCAAAUUCAACAUCCAUGACAAACUUAGGGAAUUGUUUCUUGAAUUACUAGCUGAGGACAAUACUGAAACUAAUAGGCUUAACUUAAGGAAUACGUCUUUUCUGUUGGAGAAGUUGGUGUUACGAGAAAAUCUCAACACCUUGAUCCUAAAUCUCUAUCCCGGCAAUAAAGGAUAUUCAUUAGCAUUUAGAAGAGGAACUGAGCAAUCAAGUGAUGGAGGGCGAAAUAUCUCAAAAAGUGGUGCUAUACAGUCGGAGCGUGCCGGGUCACCUUUGCCAGGCUUCGCAACGCUUGACAUUAACUCAGAACAACUCCAGGAGACGAUCCGAUGGCCGUACGAGGAGGAAGAGCUCCUGGAAUGCAUCGAUCGGGAGGAGCUUCCGCUCGUUCUAGUUGAUAUGUUCGAGACUAAGUGUCCUGGGCUGUUUUACUCGGGUUGUGUGAUUGCUGAGAUUCGGGACUAUCGGCAGUCAUUUCCGAUAUUUACCUGUGAUACGUACCACGUGCUGUUGAAACCAACGAAUCAAACCUUGCUGGCCGACGUUAAUCUGCUUACGGCGGAAGGUGAUUGGAGUCCAGAAGAAAAGCUUGCGCUGGAGAGUCAGCUGGUUUUGGCGACAGCCGAGCCACUCUGUUUAGACCCAAAUCCCGAGGUGGGCAUAAUGGCCAUUAACCAGCAGCAUCGACGUCACAUUUUCAACACGACACCGAUUCGACGGCAGGCGAAGAAAUUCUCCCAAGUCGCCAUCAACCGGAAAAGGAAAACAGAUCAGUUUACUCAUAGUUUUGGUUUGGAAUUGAGCGAUUUUAUGACAAAGUACAGAGCUAAACCACGCCAGUACGCGGCUACCAAGCGCAGUGUAGUGAGUUUCACACUGCCGAAAAAGCCGUCAGAUGUAAGCUCAACGGUUCGGGUACCUAAUUUGGAGUUACCGGAGCUGUCGGUCCCGUCAGAGGUGAAUGUGGAGAAAUUUGCUCGCAAAUACGAUGGGCCAAAGGAAAGCCGUGAUUGCAUUCCACAGCUUAUCGAAGAGUACAUCCUGGAAACGGACCGAGUAGUUAGCCGGGGAGAUACGCGGACUUACCAUAUUAAACUAUCGAUAUUUCAACGACCUUCCAAUUCAGAGUAUCUGGGAGAACUCUACGUCGAUAGGGAUUAUCGAGAAAACGAGCGGAAUGGCGAGGCAUGUCAGUUUACGCUGGGCACCCGAGCGCAUGCACAUCGAUACAUACAACAAUUUACCGAAAUAUUCACCGAAGAAGGAAGAAAGUCAGUCAAAAUUACUCAUCUCGUACCAGGGCAAAUGCCAAAGGUGCUGCAUACUGCUGGCAUGCGAGAGCAAAGCGUCCAACAACAACAGCAGCAACAGCAACAACAACAGCAGCAGCAGCACCAGCAAAUUCAGCAACAACAAGCAAUUCAACAGCAACAGCAGGCUCACAUACAACAGCAAGCUCAUAUUCAGCAGCAAAUUUCCCAAAUUCAGCAGCAGCUUCAGUCUCAUCCUACGCAUGCUCUGAUGCGAUUGCAAGCCACCAACCCGACACUGGUGUCUCAGAUAGCAUCUGCAGGUGGUAAUAUAACGAUCAAUGCUACAAAUCCCAGUACGCUUCCAGGUAAUCAGCAGCAGCAGCAACAACAAACACAGGUUAUUCAGCAACAGCAUCCGCAAAUCAUUACCGCUGGUCCGUCCACUAACAUAAUCACAAUCGGAGGGGCAACGCUUCAGCAGCAUCCACAACAACAGCAAAUUCACAUACAGCAGCAACAGCUGCCAAACCAACAUCAGCAGCAAUUGCAGCAAAUAUUCACCACCUGUGAUACUUCUACCAACUCUGCCCAACAGCAGCAGCAGCAGCAAUCAAUUGGCACUACAGUCACUCUGCAGCAAUCACAGACGCAGCAACAACAACAGCAGCAGCAGGUGCAACAAAUCCACGCUCAAUCGCAUCAACCGCAACAGCAAACAUUAAGUCUCAGUAACGGUUCACUUCUGCUAGUUCAGCCAACAGGUCAAAUAUCUAACUUGACGGCGACUUCCAACCAUCAAACGGGUUCUGCCGGAAACACGACGCAAAGUAUUCAAGGUUUUACUUUUACCUCAUCUCCCCAAACUGCCACUAUAAUCAACCAAGGUGUAGCAACCGGUACUACGAGCACUACUGCGAAUCGUGUCCCACUGCUCGUAAGGCUUGAAAACAAAGCCUCCCAGCAACUACAGCAACAGCAGCAACAACAACAGCAGCAGCAGCAACAACAGCAACAAACUCAGCAUGUUCAAUCUCAGCAGCAAAAUCAAAGCACUACAACCACCAUUCAUACGAACAAUCCGGAAAUCAAUGCAAUUGCCCUUAGUAUAAUGAAUUCUGCCAAUCAAUUCCGCCAACAGCAGCAGCAGCAACAACAACAACAGCAGCAGCAGCAACAACAACAGCAACAGCAGCAACAACAACAACAACAGCAUGCAGUAAAGUCAAACUCUAAUGCUGCUAUAAUAAGUUUGCUUAACAGUGCUCCCGCCGCUAUGACCAACUCGUCUGUGCUCAGCAGUAGUCUUACGAUUCCAGUCGGUAAAGCUGGAUCUGAUUUACACCAGCAACAAACAAAUCAACAGCAGCAGCAACAACAACAACAACAGCAGCAACAGCAUACGGUACACCAUCAUCAGGUGACGGGAACUACGACGAUAUCUGGCAGCGCAGCUGCAGCUCUAUUCAACAGCGUUGGUGGGCGUAAAAUUCAAAUCCAACAGACGAGCGGUGGUCAACGAAUAUUGAACCACGCCAAUCUAAUCGCGGUUAGCAGUAAUCCCUCCAACGGCGGAAUGGGACAAACGCAGCUGAUUAACAUCCAAUCGGCGCCCUCGGCUUCAGCAGGUGGAGGUGACCAACAGCAGGCGCAACCACAACAGCAACAGCAAAUCCAGCAACAGGUUCAACCUUCCAGUAUCCGAGUUACAAUGUCCGCACUGGCGUCACAGUUGGCCUCACCGCCAGCUAUUCUUACUACUUCAAAUUUACCGCAAAGUUUCAACGUUGUAGCAGCCACUGGUAAUGCUUCCGCACAGAGUUUCAACAACGCAAAUAACAACGCUACCAGCAAAUUAAUCAUCAAUAGUACAAACCAGCGAAUACUGAACAUCAACACAAACAGCGCUAACAAUUCUUCAGCAGCUGCGGCUGUUGCUGCCGCGCUAGGAGGUGCUAUUAGGCGUGUCAACAGUGCCGGCAGUGAUGGUAGUGGGAGUAUUCAGUUGCAAAUUCAGGGCGCAGAUGGUAUUCGUCGAAUAACAACUGGUAGUGGUGGUGGAAACGAUAUUCAGCUUCAAAUCCAAGGAAUUUCGUCACCUGGUUCAGAUCAUUCGAAUGCUUCCUCUUCGGCGUCCAUGAAUACUGCUGCUAGUGGGACUUUGACUGGAAGCGGAUCGGCAACAACAGCGACCGGUUCGACUGGUAACAUUAUAUUUAACAACAUGUCUGGCCUAAGCGCUCUGCUGGCAACAACCACCUCACCCUCUCCUCAGCAAACGGCUGCUAAUGCUGCCGCUGUCGCUACGGUGGACAACAGUUCGACACUCACCUCCAAUCUAGGCAGUAACAGUAGCAGUAGCAACAAUAGUAAUAAUAAUUCAGCAUUAAUCGAAAGACUGACUUCAUCUAGUAAUAUAAACCUAACCAAUAACCUAUCAACUGCGAGCCCUGGGCUGCAGUUUACGAUACCAUCGCCGAAGACGCCCCAGCAACAGCAAUCUCAGCAGCAGCACUUGCAAAUACAGUCACCAUCAUCUUCGAUAUCGCCACUUUCUAGUCCUCCGCCGUCGGUGACACUUCACCCGCAACAGCAGCAGCAACAACAACAACAGCAGCAAAUUCAGACGCAGCAAACAGUUCAGCAGCAGCAGCAACAACAUCAGCAGGUACAGCAUCACCAUCAGCCCCAGCAAACGACCGUCAACCUGCAGGGACUAAACUUUGCUAGCCUGCAUGGUGCAAUGGCGUCGAUCCCGGGGCUGCAGAACGUUCAAGUUCAAAUACCAGGUUUAGCGCAGCCAAUUUCGUUGUCCCUCUCUUCCGCCCCAUCGGCUAGUGCAACAAGUGUUUUGAAUGCAUCCAACAAUAACUCCGCUAGUGGCGCUGCCGGUCACCAUCAGACCACCAGUCUGUUGGUGUCUGUUCCAGUAUCCAGUGCUGGUGGAAACAACGCUGCCCAGUUGAGUGCACUGAACGCGGCUGCUGGAAACACGGGAGUGGCGGGUUCCACCGGAGGUACCACGGUCGGUGGAACCAAUAUUCUUAGUGCAAACUCCCAAGGCACGACCCAAACGGUGGUGCUUGCCAACCCACAAACCAGCGGUGGGGGAUCUAGUCUGCUCUCUUUGCCCAUUGCUCAAAUUGUCACCUCCGGUAUGAAAGGUCUGAACCAGCAAAGCUUACGGGCUGGAACGCCUCUUACAGUCAAUGCUGGUCAACCAGGACAGCAGAUACAACUGCUCAACAUUAGUCAACGGCCACGUAGUGGCCAACUUCCAGUCGUGACAUCCGUCAGUACGCCAAUCACCGCCAAACAGAUUGCAGCUCGUGUUGCGCAACAGAGAGCUAUGCCCGGUUCGACGCUAAAAAUAGCAACACCUAUUUCAGCCUCACAUCACGCUCAACAGUUGGGCCAAACGCUAAAUGUGACAACCAGUGCUGCUCCGAACCAGCUGGUCAUGACUACUAAACAACUUCAGCUGAAACUUCAACAACAGCAUCUCCAACAGCAGCAACAUCAUCAACAGGUUCAACCGCCGCAGAUAAUAGCCACUUCCAAUCAACCCGCCACAACACAGAUUCACAUACAACAGCAUCAGCAGCUCGCGCAGGCUCAACAACACCUGCAACAGCAACAGCAGCAGCAACAACAGACGCAGCAAAUUAGUAUAAUAAAUAGCAGCGUUGUUUCACCGCUUCCUCUGCCUACUAUUACACCACCACCGCCGCCGGCUCCACAAUCUACCGCGCACCAUCAGAGUGUGGUCAAUGCAUUAGCAGGUAAAAACCGACGGAGAUCCGCGGCCGACAUGAAUAAGUAAGCCCCAAUCUUAAUAACUCUCUGCGCUAACUUGCAACAACCACGCGAAGCACACGUACAUAUACACACCCACACACACAUACAGGCUUAAACUAUCAUCACUACGAACCGCAGCCUUUUUAGUCAUUUUAGAUUUAAGAACAAAUUAGCAAAGUCUCUCCAUGUUGCAAAUGCGAGAGUGACCGUCGUUAUCCGAGCAGCAGUUUAUUUGAUCGAGGAAUAAACAAUUUUUUUUAUUUAUAAACUCACAGGAAUUUUUUAGAACCGUCCGGGUAAUAUGAAGAAUGUCACAUUUCUUGGCCGACGAGAGCGAAGUAAUCUUUCGCGACAUUUAUUGGUUUGGUUUUUGCGAUGCAAUAAGGUUGUUUGACGAGUUUUGUUGAUUGCGUGCUCACAAAAUACGGGAAAAGGAUGAAUUACCAGUUGUUUUUCGAUUUGAAACUAAAAGUGCAGUCUCGAUUUGAUGGAUAGAAUUAAACGCUAGAACUGUUGUGCUCAGAGUGAAGACUUAAUUUCAAAAAUGGCCACGGUGCUGGAGAAACAGGCGAAAUUGUGAUCUCAAUCCGAAGUUUCUUUUUUGACUCGAUGAGUGUGCAAUCAACACUGUAGAAAACUAGAGAUAGUUUGUAUUAACAGCAUAACCUUAAUCGAACAAUCGAAGAACCCCAAAACAAGCAAAAGUGAUAUGAUGUUUAUGUGAGUUCAAUGCAAAAUAAGCCGUUUCCAGACCCGGAAGUAGAGGGUGGCUUGGAGGCAUAUAAAAAUAAAAAUAAUUUUGUUAGGCAAGUAGUACUUCGACCAUAGGCCAAAAAGCAUGUAGGAAAAAAAAUAGGCUGAGCUGUUUGGCUGAAAAGAUACGCUUUCGUCGAUGGCUGCGAUGUGCUAAAAGGUUUUCAAAUUACUACAAUAACAAAAAUUGAACAGCAGAAAAAAAUAACAAUUAACCAUAAGACAAAAAUGCAUGCGAUUUGAGAUUCAAGAGAGGUAGAACAUCUUGUUCAGGUACCGUUGAGCGAAUACUCAUCCAUUACCAAGUAAUGCGAGGGGCGGGCCCUGGUAGCUGUAACGGAUCUUCAGGUGAACAUAAAAUGUACCUAUAGUCCCUAAUACAAAAUAAUAUCAUCCAUGGAUGAGAGACGCUUUUUGAGUUUGUUCUAAUUCUAAAAAAAAACUUAUUCAUUAAAAGUUUUUCUGUUGACGAUAUUUGAGUUAUAAUUAGGUAAAAAAUACACAAAAACCAGAGUGUUCAAAGCAGGAUAGAGAGGCGGAGCAAAUAUUUAAACUUGUUUGACUGUACAUUACUAAAAUUCUGUUAGGUAGUUCAAUCAGCACCUAUACUAGCUUUCUCAGUUUUUGAUUAUUACGUUGUUCUAAAAGUCAAGUGUCUGAAACCAGCAGAUCGACAGUCGCUUUCCGUUUUAACAUGUACAUUUCCUUUUUUUCUCUUCUUAAUAGUGUGUAUAUAACAUUUACGCAAAUAGUGUUUAGUUUUUAGAACACAUGCCGAAAAACAGUGAGCGAGGAACGUAAGCGGAACACAAAAAAACAUGGUUUUACACUUUGUUCAGCAGUUUAGUUUUGUUUUCAACUUUCGAGAUUGGAACUUUCUGAACGAUGAGCAAAAUAAAAGAAGUAAUCAAGAAACCAAUACAAUACAGAAUAAAAAUCAAAUCGAAACCAAUCGGCCAGUCGGGGUUCCAGUCUGACGAACCGUUUGUGGAAAACCAUA